AUGGCGACGCAACAGAUUGACACGCAGCAGGACUAUGUUGUUCCAACAAAGCAACAGGCAGUUGCCCACCCGCUCUGCCCACUGAGUGGCGAGGAAAUCAGCCAGGCCUCGGCAAUCAUCAGAAGCAGCUGGCCUGCACACACUGACCUGCGCUUCAAGACGAUAACGCUGAACGAGCCUGCGAAGAAGGAGUUUGUGCCGUACCUCGACGCCGAGCAUGCUGGACAACCGCUGCCUAAGCUGGACCGCAAGGUCUUUGUUGCGUACUACAUACGGAACACUGAUCGCUUCCAUGAGGCUGUCGUCAAUCUGUCCAACGGCAAGAUCGAAUUCAAUGCCAGGCUUGGUGCAAACGUGCACGGAAAUGCAGACUACGAUGAGAUCCUCCAGGUUGAGGAGAAGACACUCAACAAUGAGCAGGUCAAGGCAGCGAUUGCCAAAUUGCAGCUUCCUAAAGAUGCCGUCGUGACUUGCGAUCCUUGGAUCUACGGUUCCGACGGAAACAAGGACGACGACCGCCUAUUCCAGGUCUUCAUCUACAUGCGAGAUCCGCAGAACCCAAAUGAGCUGGACUCCAACCACUAUGCAUUCCCUUUGCCCAUCACAGCAGUCUUCGACGCGGCCUCGCUCGAGAUCCUGAGUGUCGACUGGCUACCUACCGGAGCAGAUGCUGAAGUCAGGCAACCUCCGACUUACACCCCCGUCCCGGCCAAUGAGUACAUUGGCGAGUACCAGACGCCACGGACUGAUCUCAAGCCUCUGAGCGUGAUUCAGCCUGAGGGUGCUUCUUUCACCUUGACUCCUGUCGGCACUACUGGCCACACGCUCGAAUGGCAGAAGUGGCACAUGCGCAUCGGCUUCAAUCAGCGAGAGGGCCCCAUCCUUUACGACGUCCGCUAUGACGGCCGACCGCUGUUCUACCGCGUGUCCCUUUCCGACAUGAACAUUCCAUACGCCGACCCUCGCGCACCAUUCCACAAGAAGUCCGCCUUCGAUCUGGGCGAUGCCGGCGCCGGAGCCAUGGCCAACAACCUGCAACUCGGGUGUGACUGCCUGGGUCACAUUGCCUACCUUGACGGGACGGUCUCCGACGACAAAGGCUCCCCCGUCCUCCUCGAAAACGCCAUCUGCAUCCACGAGCAGGACGGCGGAAUCGGCUGGAAGCACACCAACUACCGUACCGGCCGCGCCGCCGUGACCCGCUCGCGCGAGCUCGUCAUCCAGACCAUUAUCACCGUCUCCAACUACGAAUACAUCCUCGCCUACCAAUUCAACACAGCCGCCGAAUUCCACUACGAGGUCCGCGCCACUGGUAUCCUGUCAACGCAACCCAUCGACCAUUCCCUCGACAAAGUCGGUGUCCCCUUCGGCACCGUUGUGCACCCCGGUGUCCUCGCCGCCCACCAUCAGCACAUCUUCUCCCUGCGCAUCGAUCCCAUGCUCGAUGGCAGUCACGCCAACCGCCUGGUCUACAGCGAAGCCCAUCCCAUGCCGCUCGACCCCAAGCUCAACGCCUCCGGCCACGGCUACACUGUCACCGAAACCCAAGUGACAGAAUCUUCCGGCCUCGACCUCGCGCCCCAACAUAACCGCAUCUUCAAGAUUCAAAACACGCAAUCCCGCAAUCCAAUCAACAAUCAACCCGCCGCCUACAAAAUCAUGGCCCCACCCUUCCAGCCUAUCCUCUCGCAUCCCUCCUCCUACAACUUCAAACGCGCCGAGUUCGCCGAUCACGCAAUCUACUCGCGUGGCGGCACGGGCGUGCGCGCUUGGGCCGACCGGAAAGACAACGUCCUCGACCAGGAUAUUGUGGUGUGGGUGCAAUUCGGAAUCAACCAUGUCCCACGCAUCGAGGAUUUCCCUGUGAUGCCGUGCGAGGUGCUGAAGGUGAUGCUGAAGCCGGUGAACUUCUUUGAGCGGAACCCGGCGGGCGAUGUGCCGAUGAGUGAGCAGAGGAUCAACAACAGUACCUUGGUGGGUGGAAAUCAUCAGCAGGGUGCGGGUGUUACGACAACGGUGGGAGACUGCUGUGCCAGUGAUGAGGAAAAGCCCACUUCGAAACUGUAA